AUGGCGGAAGUUGUACCGCCAGCAACAUGGGGUUCUUCAAAUGGAUCCAGUGACUCACUGGCUGCUCUUGGGUUAAUGUUUCUUUUAUCAAAUAAUUUCGUGAAUAUCAUCCUUUCCAUUGGAAGUCGCUUAAUCGAAAGGUUUAGUGGGGAAUCGGUGCCUAAGGAAGUAGCUCUACUUGCUGAGAAGUAUCAGUUCUCCAUCAAAGAUGAACGGAGUGUCCAAAAAGAGGUUCGACUUUCUACUCGUUUGAGUACGUUUUUGAAACCGUCAUAUAAAGCAACAAAUGGAAAGAAGCAAUUGGAUUAUCUGAAGAGGGAGGUUCGGGAUCUGAGCGACCAGAUUAGCGACAUGCAGGAUGAUCUUCAAAUUCUCGAAGUUUACGAUACGGGAGCAUUUGGUGAGUUAAGCCCUCUGUUAACUUUAGAAGCCGAACAAUCUAGAUUUAAGUCUAAAACGGCAGAAAUUAUAGAUCUUGCGAAGGAGAUGAAGGUGAAGGAUGGUUUGGAAAAGUUUAUGUCUUCAAAUACUUCAGCCAGCAGAAGAUAUCUGGAGGAUUCCAAGAAUAUGCUUGACGAUAGCAAAGCAAAAAUAGCUUUGUUGCGGAUGCAAAUUGAGAAGAUUGCACACCAAGGACAUGAUAUUCAUUCAAGCACUGGAAGGGAAACAAAGUCGCAGCUAGAUAUGGUCAUUGAUGAUCUUUUCUUCCGUUUGUGCAAAGAAGCUGCGAUUAUAGAUGGAGCGAAAAACUUGAUAAAACUCCUUCGGGCUCAGAGGAAAACUGAUCACAGAAGUCUAAAUGAUUCCGCCUUGCGUAAGAAAGCCUGCCUUUGCCCAUAUAGUCUUCCAUUUCUCAAGCACAUUUCGUUGCAGGAAAGUCCCUCGAAAACUGCAAGCUUGCCUCGUAGCGCAUAUUGUCGACGCCUUAGUACUUUGCCGCCUUCUUUGGCUGUAACGAUAUUUCAUAUCACCCUUCUUGCUUAUUGCAAACUACAAUUUUUAAGUAUUUAUUUGAGUACUUGGUACUUUCAUAGUGUCCUUCCACGUCAGUCCGAUGAGGUGAUCGCUUUGUUGCGUGUGGAUAGCCGAAUAGUUGGACACACUGAAGCCCGUCCACUUAGUCAGCAGGCAUGGGAUCAACGUUUCAGCAUUGAUUUGGAUCGGUCAAAGGAGCUGGAGAUCGAGGUGUUUUAUCGCGACUCUCGGUCCAUGUGCGCUUUUACAGCCGUCAAGUUAGGCAACUUCGUUGAGCCUACUGGACAAGCUGGAAUGGUGUUGCAGCUGGAGCCUCAUGGCGACUUAUUUGCUGAAUUCAAGUACUUGAAUCCAGUAAUCAGUCGCAAACCCAAACUGGAACGUCAGAAAAGAUUAUUUAAACGCAAGGAUAUGGCUGGCGCUAAAAAGCAGUUAGGAGUACAUGCUCUAUCGCGAAUGCUCAAAGGCAGAGAAGACGAGCCUAUUGUAGAUUAUGGCAUAGAAAGACCUGGUGGGCCUUUGAAAGCUCCUAAGCAACCACCUCCUGCUGCACCCGUCUUGUCCAGCGGGACUAGUUUAUCUAUCAAUAUGUUCCGAAUGGUUAGUGUUCUUGGGCGAGGCCACUUUGGAAAGGUGAUUUUGGCUCAGUAUAAACCGAGCAUGACGUAUUAUGCUUUGAAAAUACUCAAGAAAGGAGAUAUUCUUGGAAGGGACGAAGUAGAGUCCCUCAUGGUUGAAAAACGGAUCUUCGAGGUUGCCUCUCGAGCUCGCCAUCCUUUCCUGGUUAAUUUAUUCGGUUGUUUCCAAACGGAGGAACAUGUGUUCUUUGUCAUGGAAUAUAGUAUGGGAGGCGAUUUGAUGCGGCACAUCCACGACGACAUAUUCAGUGAAGAAAGGAGUUGUUUUAAUGCAGCAUGUGUUCUUCUGGGAUUAGAAUUCCUUCAUAAGAACAAUAUUAUUUACAGAGAUCUGAAGUUGGACAAUCUUCUGUUAGACAAAGACGGUUUCGUGAAGCUGGCAGAUUUCGGGUUGUGUAAGGAGGGAAUGGGGCCUACUGAUAAAACUAGCACUUUCUGCGGCACACCGGAGUUCCUUGCACCUGAGGUUCUAACCGAAUCGUCCUAUACGCGAGCGAUCGAUUGGUGGGGUCUGGGUGUACUGAUUUUUGAAAUGCUGGUAGGAGAACCACCAUUCAGCGGUGAUGACGAAGAAGAGAUUUUUGACAGCAUUGUGAAUGAUGAAGUGCGCUAUCCAAGAUUUCUUUCCAUCGAAAGCAUUUCGAUUAUGCGUCGACUCAUGAGAAAGAAUCCUGAGAAGAGACUUGGCAGUGGAGCGAAAGAUGCCGAGGAGGUGAAGAUGCAACGAUUCUUCAAACAUAUAAAUUGGCAGUGGGAUCGCCUACUUCGUAAGGAAAUUCCUCCGAAGUUCAUCCCUCAAGUCAGAAAUCCGGAGGAUGUAUCGAAUUUUGACGAGGAAUUCACGAAAGAGAAGCCACGUUUUUCAUCUGCAAAAGGCAAACAUGUGAUUACAGAAGCAGAUCAGCAACUUUUUACAAAUUUUGAUUUCUCAUUACUUGUUUGA